AUGAAUUCCGGCGAUGGAUAUGCUGUUGAAGUCACCGGUCUCUCUCCCAAUGCCACCGACAAAGAUGUCUCUGAGUUUUUCGCUUUCUCUGGUGCCAUUCAGCAUCUUGAAAUCAUCAGGUCUGGUGAUUAUGCUUGUACAGCUUAUGUGACCUUCAAAGAUGCAUAUUCUCAAGAAACUGCAUGUUUACUCAGUGGAGCCACUAUUUUAGAUCAACGUGUAUGCAUAACACGCUGGGGGCAGUAUGCAGAAGAAUUUGAUUUUUGGAACACGUCCUCCCGUGGUCAUGAGGAAGACAGUUAUUCAACUACACACCAUAGCAGUCAAUUUGUUUCUUCUGCCGGAGAAGCAGUUUCCAUGACCCAAGAAGUUGUCAAAACCAUGCUAGCAAAGGGAUAUAUUCUCAGUAAGGAUGCAUUAGCUAAGGCCAAAGACUUUGAUGAGUCACACGGUGUUUCUGCGACAGCAACAGCCAAGGUUUCUGAGUUGAGCCAGAGAAUCGGCCUCACUGAUAAGAUAUCUGCAGGUUAUGAAGCUGUUAAAUCCGUCGAUCAGAAGUAUAAUGUCUCUGAAACAACCAUGGCAGCUGCAUCGGCCACUGGAAGAUCAGUAGCAGCCGCUGCAAACUCCGUGGUAAAUAGUAGCUAUUUUUCAAAGGGAGCCUUGUGGAUGUCCGGUGCUCUAACCCGGGCGGCUCAAGCUGCAUCUGAUUUGGGUAACCGUGGUGCUAGACAGUAA